AUGGCCAAAAAGAAGGUUCUGUUAAUGGGCAAAGCCCACUCGGGAAAGACAUCCAUGAGAUCCAUCAUCUUUGCCAAUUAUUUGGCCCGUGACACCACCCGUCUCUCUCCCACCUUGGAUGUGGAACACCACCACGUCCGCUUCCUCGGAGAUUUGGUCUUGAACUUGUGGGAUUGUGGGGGUCAAGAUGCAUUCUAUGAAUCCUAUUUUGAACGAGAUCGCGAAACCAUCUUUCGCAGUGUCGAAUUGCUUAUUUAUGUGUUUGACAUUGAAUCCGAUUCUCCCGAAAAGGAUUUUGAUCAUUUUUCGGGUGUCUUGGAAGCCAUUGAAGAGAAUUCGCCAGAUGCUCGCAUCUUUAUUCUCGUGCAUAAGAUGGAUCUGGUUUCUCUUGAAGAAAGAGAAGCCAUUUUUGAGGACCGCAAGAGAGUCAUUGAACAAGAGUGCAGCAAUUUUGGGGUGGAACACUUUCAUAUCUUUGGAACUUCCAUUUGGGAUGAAACACUGUACAAGGCGUGGUCCGAGAUUGUAACCAACUUGAUUCCAAACAUUCGUUUGCUAGAAUCUCAUUUGAACACCUUUUGCAAAGUAUGUGAUGCCGAUGAAGUCGUCCUCUUUGAACGAGCUACAUUCUUGGUAAUAUCACAAGCCCAAGCCGAAAGUUCGGGUGACGAUCAUCUCUUGACUGGACCAGGAGGAGAUUCAAAGGAAGCUACAACACAGGCAGCGUUUGCUUCUCCUAGUGGGGGCGCUGAUGGAGUUCCUGGUUUGGACGAGGCGGCGCAACCCUCUGCCGACGAAACCAAUGAUACUUCCAGUACAACAGGACUCGUCGUGCCUCCUGAUGACUUGGAUUCGGCGGCCGGGCCCUCGAACGACACCCCCCGUCAUGCAGCCCGGACUCCGCAUUUUGAUGCCCAUCGAUUUGAAAAGAUUUCCAAUAUUGUCAAGCAAUUCAAACUAUCUUGUGGCAAGGCCCAAGCACAAUUUCAAGGAAUGGAAGUACGCAAUUCGCGGUUUUCCGCCUUUAUUGAUGCUUUCACAGCCAACACUUAUAUCAUGGUGAUUGUUUCCAAUCCCAAUGUGCACACGGCUGCCACUUUGCUCAAUAUUCAGAAUGCUCGGGAUCACUUUGAAAGGUUCAUUCCAAGAAUUUAG